AAGGGACUCUGGUGCUCAGAGGCACUACAGCUUUAGUCCACAGGGACCACCAGAACCACCACUAAAUAAAAGUUCUUUUUGUUAGACAACUUCAAUUAAGUGAUGAAAACAGAUGCACCAAGAUGAUUGAGUGUGGAAGUCUUGAUCCUGGAAAUACUAAGAUAUGUAAAUGGAGACUUCGUGUCUUAUUAGAAAGUGAAAUCAAAUUAUUAAAAGAUUAAAAUGAGUUAAUGUCCCUUGACUUUGAAUUACAGCAAAGACAUUGCUGAAUUUUACUCAAGUAAAAGAUCUGAAAACCUACAUGAACAGGAAGUUGUCUGCACUAGGAUCCCCAUAAACUCACCAAUGAGUUCACAACCACAGUUUAUAGACGUUGUCUCUCAUCAUUUAAAGCCUGGGGCGCCCUCGCGUGGCGGCAGUCGGGUGUCAUGGUUUCCUCCGGCAGCAGUGUGCGAUGUAACUGAGGCAGUAAAACACAGUAAAACACAGUAAAACACGUUAAUUGGAGACAGCUGUGGAAUCUGCGCAGUGAUGCACGGGAGGAGCCACGUGAAGCUGCGUUCAAGUGUUGUUGGGUAAAUCAGAACACAGGCCAAAAUAAAGUUCUGAGAAAUGAUAGCAGAUGGAUGAGUCUCUCAUCACUGUUUCUUUUCUGUGUGUGCACAUUUUAAGUGUGUUUAACAGAAAAUAUAAUGAACCUCUUCCUGCUUUAUUGAAAUGCUAUUUCCAAACUUUAUUAUUAAUAUUAUAAAUAUGUCCGUUAAGAUGCUGAGUGGUGGAGGAAGGCAACUAAGUGCAUUUACUCGAGUUCUGCGCUUAAGUCGUACAAUGUGAGGUACUUGUACUUUACUUGAGUAUUUUCAGAUGGAAAUAUUGUACUUUUUACUGACUUAAUUUACCUGACAGCUGGAGUUACUUUUACUUUAUAGUUUACUUUAAUAAAAACUCAUUGUUAAAGAUGAAACCAGUGACCCUUGACCUUUCUCGUGAGCAAUGUUUAAUCUAAACUUCAUGCAAAGAUGAAAAAAAUAAUUUUUUUAAAUCAAUAAAAUAAAGAUAGGCAGAACUCUGUUUUUCUUCUUUUAUCUUCAUCAUGUCAACUUUGAGGGAGAAGAGAAAACACCAGAUUACACAUCCACACCUCAGUGAUUCAUCAGUUCAAUCAGUCUACAGGACUUAGACUUAGAACAAAACACACACACACACACACACACACACACACGUCUAUAUGACCUCAUCUAAAGUUAUGAAACGAGACAAAACAUAUUAAUUUCAUAACAGCAGUGAAAUAAAAGAAGUGUCUUUAAACCCCCUCAGCUGCCUCUUUAAGCCUCCGUGUUACUGGGAGGAGUUAACGGUACUGGUUCCAGCUGCUCCCUCCAGGUCGGAUCACAACAGCCGGGCUGCAGACGGAGGACAGUCUCAGUGUGUGUGUGUGUGUGUGUGUGUGUGUGUGAUGAAUGAAAACAAGGUCCCGGAUGAUGGGACUUUGUCGCUGUCUCGACCAUGAAAUCAGUGGAUGCGGAGGAGCUCAGACGAGCAGCGACGCGAUGCAACUUUUCCUCGAGUUUGGAGGAGCUGCGAUGAGGAGGAGAGCCUGAAGCUGCUUCCAGCGGGACACACCAGAGGUGCGCUGCCUGUCCUCCUGUAGUCACGAUAGUCUGUGGAAGAGCUGCACGUAGAGCAUGCACAGGCAACGACUUCUGCAGGGGAAGUAACGGAGCAAAGGAAAAGGUGGCCGUCAUGUCCCUGUGGAUGAUCCUUCCCAUCAGCCUGCCCGUCUUCACCAUCACUGGGAUCUGGGUCGUAUACGCGAUGUCCCUGUACAACCAGCAUGUCUGCCCUGUGCAUAACUGGCUUUAUAAUGAGUCAUGUGAGGAGCAGCUUCCACUACAGAGGGGUCCGGUUCUGUGCUGCACCCUGGACAACAUACCGCUCAUCAGUAAAUGUGGAACCCUGCCACCUGAAAGCUGCUUUUUCAGCCUCAUCUGCAGCACUGGGUCCUUUAUGGUGAUGCUGAUCGGUCUGCUGCGUUACGCUCAUGUCAUAGAGAAACACCAGAACUGUGUCCUCAACACCGCCGGCCUCUCCGCGGCUUGGAUCUGUGCCGCCGGCCUCAUCAUGGUGGGAAACUUCCAGGUGGAUUUCGCCAAAGUCCUCCACUAUGUCGGAGCCGGCGUGGCCUUCCCCUCCAGCAUGCUGUUUGUGUGUCUUCAGUCGGCUCUGACCUACAGGCUGGCCAAGACCCAAGAGGAGUACCGAGUGGGUCACCUCCGUGUGGGGAUGGCCCUGCUGGCUCUGGUCGCCCUGGUGCUCAGCGGAGUUUUCUUUUGCCAGGAGAGCUUCGCCCUGCAGCACGCCUCCGCCAUCUUCGAAUGGAUCUACUGCAUGCUCAUCAUGCUCUUCUACGGGACGUUUGCCUUCGAGUUUGGGGGCAUGUCGGGCGACACGCUGAUGGUUCUGUCCAGAGGAGGACGAGGAGGACGAGGAGGACAAGGAGGAGAAGUGCUGCAGAGCUUCUCCACCUCCGGACGCAAGAUGGAGGUGGGCGGCGGCUCCAACCACCACCAGCCGGACAACUUAUCGAUGCUGUAAUCAAGCUGCAGACGUCCAUGGAGGUCAAUGGGCGACGCCAGUGGAGUGGAGAGCCUGGACGCUGCAUCCUGCGUCUCCUCUCGCUCACUGCUGCACACGGACACGGUGCCAAAGCUGCUCUGCUCAGCAGUGACCAAAGACUAAAGGACCUUCAUCCUGCUGUGCUGAAGUGCAGUGCACAAUAUUGCAAGUGCCUUUCUGAACACUGAAAGAGAUGCACGCACAUGCACGCGCACACACACACACACACACACACACACACACACACACACACACACACACACACACACACACACUUCGCUGUUUGUUUGAAUCCUCUCAGUGUAACGAUCACUCUUGCAUUCCUGGCCUUUGAUCAGACUGAGCGUCCUGAAGGGGCCUCAGAUGCAGCGGCGUCCGUUAGUUUGAAUGUUCAGACGUUCAGACAUCGAGCGCUGUUGGUUUUUUUCACUCAGGAAAUUUUGUUACAUAACCAGCUGUUUGCUCUUUACAUCACUAAAGUAAGGUGAAGAUUUACAAAUAUGUCCUUAUGUUGAACAGUUGUUAUGAAACAGAAACAGUUUGUGCAACUCUUAAUGGCAACAUUGCCAUAAAUGCCCCCCCCCCCCCCCAAAGAAUCUAAAAAUAACACAAAGAAUCUCAA